UUCCCUCCUUCCUCGUCUCCGCACUCGGUGCGCGUGUCCUUGCAGGCCAGUGGCCGGAGGCACAGCCUGGUGGUGUCACCGUGUCAGUGGCCGCACCCCGCGCUGGGCGCUUGCCGCAGUCCGGCUCCCUGCGGCGGCGGGGUCCUCCUGGCCACCCGGUGCUCGCUCCCCGGUCUGCGCGCCGGCCCUCCGGCUCACGCCCUUUGGAGCCGCGCAUCGGUUCGGGACUGCGGCAGCGCACACACGGAGUGCUCGGUUGGCGGCGGCGCGGCGGGAGGCAGCGGCGGGCCCAGAGAGCCGGAGGCAUGGGUCAGGCAGCCUGGAAGGGGUUCGUCCUGUCGCUGUUCGACUACAAGACCGCAAAGUUCGUGGUUGCCAAGAGCAAGAAGGUGGGGCUACUCUACCGGGUGCUGCAGCUCACCAUCCUGUUGUACUUGCUCAUAUGGGUGUUUCUGAUAAAGAAGAGUUAUCAGGAUAUUGACACUUCCCUGCAGAGUGCUGUGGUCACCAAAGUCAAGGGUGUGGCCUAUACCAAUACCACUAUGCUUGGGGAACGGCUCUGGGAUGUAGCAGACUUUGUCAUCCCAUCUCAGGGGGAGAACGUUUUCUUCGUGGUCACCAACCUGAUCGUGACUCCUAACCAGCGGCAGGGCAUCUGUGCUGAGCGCGAAGGCAUCCCUGAUGGCGAGUGCUCUGAGGACACUGACUGCCAUGCUGGGGAGUCCGUUAUAGCUGGACAUGGACUGAAAACUGGUCGUUGUCUACGGGUGGGGAACUCUACUCAGGGCACCUGUGAGAUCUUCGCUUGGUGCCCAGUGGAGACCAUGUCCAUGCCAACGGAUCCCCUCCUGAAGGAUGCUGAAGGCUUCACCAUUUUCAUAAAGAACUUCAUUCGCUUCCCCAAGUUCAACUUCUCCAAAGCCAAUGUGCUAGAAACAAACAACAAAAAUUUCCUGAAAACCUGUCACUUCAGCUCCAAGAACCUCUACUGUCCCAUCUUCCGACUGGGGUCCAUUGUCCGCUGGGCAGGGGCGGACUUCCAGGACAUAGCCCUGAAGGGUGGUGUGAUAGGAAUCCAUAUUGAAUGGGACUGUGACCUUGAUAAAGCUGCCCCUAAAUGUGACCCACACUAUUAUUUCAACCGUCUGGACAACAAGCACACAGAAUCCAUCUCCUCCGGGUACAACUUCAGGUUUGCCAGGUAUUACCGUGACUCUAAUGGGGUCGAGUUCCGUGACCUGAUGAAAGCCUAUGGCAUCCGCUUCGAUGUGAUAGUUAAUGGCAAGGCAGGAAAAUUCAGCAUCAUCCCUACAGUCAUCAACGUAGGUUCUGGGCUGGCGCUCAUGGGUGCUGGGGCUUUCUUCUGCGACCUGGUACUUAUCUACCUCAUCAGAAAGAGCGAGUUUUACCGAGACAAGAAGUUUGAGAGAGUGAGGGGUCAGGAGGAGGAAGCCAAUGUUGAGCUUGAGGCCAAUGGGAUCCAGCAGGAGCUGGCAGAGGACAGGCCAGCAGAUGGGGUUCAGCAGGAUGAGGAGUCUUGGGAGCUGGCUCAGAGUGACGUGAAGCAGAGGAACAGCUGCCAGCUCUUCGAGCCUGCCAGGUCCACCUUGGUUGUCUAACACAGCCUCCUAUUGCUGUGGGAGACUGUGCUUCCCAGUCCUCAGUGUGGACAUCGUCACGCGUCUGAGCUGCAGCUAGGACAGCGACUGCCAUGUACUCUGCCCCAGAAAGGCCAUGCCCGCAGGAGUUCCUGACAGCCCCCUCUGCCCUCUGUGUGCACCCCCACCCAAAGGUCUGGCCUCCCGGAGAAAGCCAUCGUGAAUGUGAAGCAGCCACAGAUCUUGCAAACAGUGAAGACUGAAGAUGUAGCCAGAGCUCUUGGCAGAGAACAGAUUCAAAGAUGAUGGGGCCGGGACAGACCACAGCUCUGAGACCUCUCAGUGCUUGCUCAGGAUGGGGCUUCUGGGAAGAGGCUCCUCAACCCCAUCCAGCUUGGAUGGGAUCUUGCUGCAAGUUUGUGUGUGUGUGUGUGUGUGUGUGUGUGUGUGUGUGUGUGUGUGUGUGUAUGGAGGGGAGUCUCCUGUUGGCCAGCAGCUCAGAUGCAGAAAGGAGGCCCGGGGCAGGCCCCCAGGGAAGGGGCAGGCCCAGGGCUUCAGUGGUUUUUUGUUUGUUUGUUUUUUGUUUUUACGAGACAGGGUUUCUCUGUAUUGUUUUCAAGACUGUACAGCCCAGCCUCAAACUCACAGAGAUCCGCCUGCCUCUGCCUCCCGAGUGCUGGGAUUAAAGGCGUGCACCACCACCGCCCGGCUCCAGGGCUUCAGUGGUAGGACACUGUUUACAUGCCAGUGUCUGAACUCAUCGAGACACACAUUUAUUCAUACAGGCAGUACACAUUUAUGGGUGCAUGCUGCACUUUAGUCCUGAGAGGCUUGAACGAGAUGAGAUGCUGACCUGGCCCCAGGGUUGGGGGCACACACAUAACUCUCUUCAGAGACGUCAGGCAGCCCAGACAGCCUGGCCUCCAGUCUCUAGCCAAGACUCCUGACAAGUCUCUGCAGAGAAGGAUGCUUGUUCAGAAAAGUCAUUUGAGUCCAUCCAGGGGACAUGUAGCCCCACCCCCAGAUGUGAAAUUUAAAGGUGGCUAAGGAGGCACCUGGAAAAGACUUAAGGGGAGAGCAAACUCCAGGGACUCCUAGGUAAGAUUCCGGAGGAAAGGCGGGUAAACCACUAGCCCAUUCUAGCCCCCAUCUGCAGCUCUGGGAAACUGACUUGCCCAGGUGAGAGACGGACUUGCCUGUGUGGUUUAGCUCUUGUUGUUUGGGAGCUGGGGGAGCUGGGGGGAGUUCCUGAUUCCUGCUCUCAGAAGCUUAGCCUUGAAGUGCUAAAUGAGAUAAAGGAUGACUUUCCCUGAAAAGUUGUCCCUUCCCCACUGCAUUUCAUUCCAUGGAGCUCAGAGUGGGGUCCAUGGACCAGCACCCACUCCCCAGAGAGCCUGUCAAAAAUGUAAGGUUGCAAGCCUCUCCCUAAUCCUACCCACAUAAGAGGUUCUCCGAGAUCUCAAAGUGAUUUGCAAGCACAUUAUUAAUGCCAGCUGGGGUGGCUGAUAGAGUGCCAGGUCAGAUUUACACACACACACACACACACACACACUGCCCUGAGGCCA